UCUCGGCAGGCGGUGGCCAGACAAUCAGAGCAUUACAUUCGUUAGACAACAUAAUUUUCUCCGUUUUCCAUUGACACAUACUCCGAGAAACUCCCGAAAACAAAAUACAAAAACGUCCGCUGAAUCGCCGAUUGAGAAACCCGCAUAACCUGCCAAGGUUUCUUUCAGUGCGUUUCGUCGAGUUGCGGUCGAGCUUUUAAAUUAAGAGGUUACAUUGAAAAUUAUUGUUUUCUAUUUUGUGUUCCUUGCUCGACCACCAACCGAAUCGAAUCUAAUCGGAGCGAGCAAUCAGCACAGCGCAUCGGAGCCAACUGACCAGAUCUGGUCCGGAUCCUUCCCGUUUUCAAAGCAGGCAUUCCGUUUGCUCUCGGUUGUGAUGCAUGCAAAUGCCUAUCUGAGCUGCCGACUCCCCGAUUAGACUUUUUUUUUGUACGUUUGUAAGCUACCGCCUGUUUUGAGUGCGGCGCCUCGGGGACAUCUACGCGUGUUGUGCUGUAUACGUAUAUUUUUUAUAUCAUAAGAAGACUAUCCACUGUUUUCUAUCUAAGGACCUGAGCCAAAGGACUCUCCUUUAGACGCAGUACAAUCUCUGACUGCCCGUCGAUAGCGAAGCGCGGCGGGCGAUUUGAGGCCACCAAGCUGAUUAGUGCGAUAUAUAUUGUUCAUGUGUGUUUCGUAACCGUUUCAAACGUAUUGGAGACUUGGAGUAAAUAUAUAACAUGUCUAUGAGUCAAGUGACAAUGAUGCGUAAAGGCAACUCCGGUGAGCUGACGCGAAAGGGCAACACCGUGGUGGUGUCACUCCCACCGCUGGUAAAGAAGUCCAGCAAGAGCCGCUCGUUUCAUUUCCGAUAUCUGGAGCUGUGUCGGGCCAAGAAUCUGACACCUGUGCCGGACAUCCGGAGCAAGUCAAAUGCGACCACCACUCUCCUGGAGCUGUGUGGUGACAAACUGGCGGUCAGCGAUUGGCAGCUCCUGACCGAGGCACUUCACUAUGACCUGGUGCUCCAGCAGCUGGUGGUGCGACUGCGCCGAACAUAUCCACAAACCAACAUUGAUCCAAUAGACACUGAGAAGCGGGCCCGACUCUUUCGUCAACGACCUGUGAUCUAUACGCGCUUUAUAUUUAACAGCCUGGUUCAGGCGAUUGCCAACUGCGUUUCAAGCAACAAAAAUCUUAGCGUUCUGAAGCUGGAGGGACUGCCACUACAAGAUGGUUAUAUCGAAACCAUUGCCAAGUCACUGGCCGACAACGAAUGCCUCGAAACAGUGAGUUUUCGCAAGUCCAACAUUGGGGACAAAGGCUGCGAGGUGGUCUGCAAUACAGCCAAAUAUUUGAAUCGCAUAGAGGUCUUUGAUGUCUCGGAAUGCGGACUCACAUCCAAGGGAGCGGAGCAUGUGGCGGAUAUGCUCAAGAUGCAAAAGAUCACUCGAUUCUCCGAGGGAUGGGAGAAGUCGCUGCGCUACCGCAGUGUAGAUGUUAACACAAUUGGUGGACUACGCACCGUCCUGCUGGCAGACAACCCAGCAAUCGGCGACGACGGCAUCCGAUGGAUCACUGAGGUCCUAAAGGAGGACGCCUGGAUAAAGAAAAUCGACAUGGAGGGCUGCGGCCUGACGGACAUUGGGGCCAAUCUGAUCCUUGAUUGCUUGGAGCUGAACACGGCCAUCACGGAGUUCAAUGUGCGAAACAACGAGGGCAUAAGCAAGUUCCUGCAGCGCAAUAUCCGUGAUCAUCUGGGCGGACCACCCGAGGAGAAACAGGAGCCAGAGUACGACCUGAGUUGCGUCAACGGGCUGCAGAGCCUGCCCAAGAACAAGAAGGUCACCGUGUCCCAGCUGCUAGCUCACACCAAGGCAUUGGAGGAGCAGCUCUCCUUCGAGCGGACCUUGCGCAAGAAGGCCGAGAAGCUGAACGAGAAACUCAGCCACCAGCUGAUGCGAUCCGAUUCCAACCACAUGGUCCAGGAGAAGGUCAUGCAGGGAGUAUCCCAGACGAACGUUUCCAGGGAAUAUGUGGUGCGAAACGAGGUCAUGCCGGAAGUCGUCAAGGAUUCCCAGAGCUAUCGGCAGUCUCACUUCAACCGGCUGGUCAACAGUGCUGUCACCAGUGCGGAGGUCACACCCCGCAGCGAGAUAGCCACUUUGCGCAAGGAACAGCAGUUGCUACAGCAAUCGUCACCCAUGCAGAUCAAGCGUCCUUCCAUGGAGCAGCAGCUGAGGAAUCUACGCGAAGUGCAAGAGGAGGAGGAGGAGGAGGAUGAAGUGGAGGAGCUGGCUGAGGCCAGCCUUUCGGAAUCGGAACCAAUAAACGAGGAGCAGCAGCAGCAGCACUACCAGCAGCAAAUGGAGGAGGAGCAGCAGCAGCAGCAGCACUACCAGCAGCAAAUGCACGUGCAACGCAAGCAGCUCCAGGUGCGCAAGGUGCGCAGCGAGAUAAAGUAUGUGGAAAACAAUCCCAAGGAGGACAAGAACAAGAAUCGCGAGUCCAAGUCGGAUCACGAGUUUGCCAACGAGCGCGAUUUCAAGCUGAAUCCUGCUGUGCAGUUUGAGACAGACAUUGGCGAUGGUUCGAUGAUGAAUGCCGGCCAGCGUUAUGAGGGCGAAGGCGGCGACACGGGCUAUGCCUACAACUACAACUACGAGCAGGAGCAACCAGUGAAGCGGGGCUACGAGAAGGGCUAUGUGGUUGGCGUGGGCGACGGGUCCCACCGAAGGCAGAAACCCUCUAACCUGGUCGAGGCUUUGUCCCAGAAACGAGGCAGCGGCGGCGGCGGCGGCGGAGGCUCCGGCGACGGCCAUGUGGCGCAGUUUGUCAGCUGCCUGGAGCGCAAAGCAAACGCUGGCAAACCGGCGAAAAAACGCCUCAAGCCCCGGCCUGAAGACAGUCAUCAGGUGCCACUCAACGAAAUGCAAAUGGAGUCUUACAUGUCCAGCUACGAGGAGAUCUCCUCCACCGAUGCCACGCUGGAGAACUCCGACUAUGAGGCCGAAACCACGGACUCCACGUUGCGGGGCAGUUCCAAAUACUCCUCCAUGCAGGUCAUUGUGCGGCACAAGCACUCCGAGUCCUUGUCGCUGGCGGACGAGUCCGGUGACGGUGGCGGAGAUGGUGAUGCAGGUGGUGGCGAUGCGCCAGAUGAAGAAGGAAAACUCAUCUCCCCGCGUCAAUUUUACCUGCAGCUCAAGAAGCAGAACGAUCAAAGCUUCUAGGAGCCAGGACUUUAGGUUUCCCUUUUCAAAAUCCAAGCAGCCAUUCGUAGUAGGAGCAGCGACACCUCUGCCAGCUCCUUCGAGGAGCAGUACCACCAUAAACCAGCCAACUCGAUUCGAUGAGAUCCCCACUGGGAGAGCUAAAUUUCCAGUCGUACUCCCAGAAAGUACCAGUACAGAAUGGAACCUCCUCCCCCUCUUUGCAAGUGUCCUGCCUUCUGCGAAUACAAGCUGCGCAAAAAAUGUACAAAAAUAUAAAUUGGUCUUACUGAUUGCCAUUAAAGGUUUACCAUUUGUGUGCUCCCCA